CUUGCCGACGCUUUAAUAAUGGAAGACCCAAGAGUCAAGACUCAAGUCGAUGAUGCAAAGACUAAGAUAAGCGUUGUGUGGUCAAUAGGGUAGGAGAAACAUAUCUCUUCAAAAAUGGAACCAAAGUCUUGAUAUGUUGCAGAUCUAGAUAUCAAGAAACACAAGCGUGUAAUCAAGAACACCAAUGAAGACUAUCUAUGUGUUGGUCUUCUUCUGCUUCCUCCUCUUUCUCGUAGCAGAAGCCAGGACCACGAACCAGACAGAUUGCAAAACAUUCAACUGCGGAAACCUCGACUUCGACUUCCCUUUCUUUAGCACAGGCAUGCCGUCUCGAUGCGGUCUGUUCAAGAUGAAUUGCAGUGAUCACGAGGUUCUAGAGAUACAGCUUGCGGAAAACGGGAGUUGGUAUAAAGUCACGAGCGUCUCUCAAGCCCUCACCAUAACCAUCACCGACCCAAGGCUUAACCGAAGCUUGGAAACAGGAACCUGCAGUGACUUGUCAAGCUUCUCUCUUCCAGAUUCGCCAUGGCUCAACAUGACCACUUUGUACAAAUGCAACAACAGUAGGAAUAAGAAUGGUUUCGCUUAUGCGAAUUGCGGAGGAGGAGGAAGCAGCUUGUACUACUCAAAUUUGGGAGAAAGUCAUAAUGAGACAGGGUGUUCAGCUUUCAAAACUCCACAGAGCUGGGUGAUUCCAAGAAACAAGAACCUCUCUAAUGUAAAUGCUACCUUCUCUCUCCAUUUAAACCUGCCUGGAAGCUGCUAUAGGUGCCAUCGACGAGGCGGAGAAUGUAAGAUGAACGAAGGCGAGUUCUACUGCGUUGAAGCACUUAUAGAUCCAAAAAGCCACGAUCCAAAAAGCCACGAUCCAAAAAGACAAGAGAAGUUGAAGCUAGGAUUAGGAGUUGCUUUAACUGCGGUGGUGAUCAUUAUUAUGGUCACGAUUAUAAUAGUAAGAGCAAAUAAUGCGAGAAAGAGUGAUUGGAAUGGCGAGAACGUUGAAGCGGUUGCAAUUUCUAAAUUUUGCCUGGGGAACGGUACAAGAAACAUUGGAAAAGAGCAAUGUGAAUUUAAUCUCCUCAAAUCGAAACUAAGCUUGCAAGAGGUGCGUUUUGUUUCAGAGUAGAGAUCUCAAAAAACUUGUUUUAUAUCUCUUGAUAAAAUGUUACAUAGCUAUUAGCUAGGUAGAGAUUCAACUGUUUUUCGUAGCUAUUGCACCAAAUCUAUUGUUCAAAGUAACAAGAGUCACAUAUGAACAUAUUUAGCAUGUUCUAAUAGAACAGUUAUAAGGGUUUCUGACUCAGAUGACGGAAGAAGUAAUGGUUUUGUUAUCCACUACAUAUUAUUUGAGAAGUAACAUUAUUAAAAAUAGUUUAUUUG